AUGAAUUCCAUGCUGAGACAGGCGAGUCCAGCCAUCAGGCGAUCUGCAUACGGCCUCCAGUCCGCACGGCACUACGCCGCAAAGGAGCUCAAGUUCGGCGUAGAGGCACGAGCAGCGCUCCUCAAGGGCGUCGACACCCUUGCCAGGGCCGUCACCGUCACCCUCGGUCCAAAAGGCCGCAACGUCCUUAUUGACCAGAGCUACGGCUCACCCAAAAUCACAAAGGACGGCGUCACAGUCGCAAAGUCCAUCACCCUCCCCGACAAGUUUGAAAACUUGGGUGCCCGCCUCAUCCAGGAUGUCGCUUCAAAGACCAAUGAAGCAGCAGGCGACGGUACGACAACAGCCACCGUUCUGACACACGCCAUCUUUGCUGAGAUGGUCAAAAAUGUCGCUGCCGGUUGCAACCCAAUGGACUUGCGUCGCGGUGCUCAGCAGGCAGUUGAGGCCACUGUUGCCUUUUUGGAGGCCAACAAGCGCGAUGUCACCACCUCCGAGGAAAUUGCUCAGGUGGCGACCAUCUCUGCAAACGGAGAUGGGCACAUCGGCAAAAUGAUUGCGAAUGCUAUGGAAAAGGUCGGUAAAGAGGGUGUCAUUACUGUCAAGGAGGGCAAGACCAUCUCCGAUGAACUUGAAAUCACUGAGGGCAUGCGAUUCGACCGCGGCUACAUCUCGCCUUACUUCAUCACCGACAUCAAGACACAAAAGGUUGAAUUCGAAAAGCCCAUCAUCCUCUUGUCGGAAAACAAAAUUUCUGCAUUGCAGGAUAUCCUCCCUGCUCUGGAAGCUGCAGCCCAAGGCAGACGUCCCUUGCUCAUUGUGGCAGAAGACGUUGAUGGCGAGGCCUUGGCUGCAUGCAUCCUCAAUAAACUUCGAGGACAGCUCCAAGUCGCUGCCGUCAAGGCGCCUGGUUUCGGUGACAACCGCAAGAGCAUCCUCGGCGACAUCGGUAUCUUGACUGGCUCAACCGUCUUUUCAGACGAAGUUGGCACUAAGCUCGAAAAGGCAACGCUGGACGACUUUGGAACUACAGGCUCAGCCACUAUUACCAAGGAGGACACCAUCUUCCUCAAUGGUGCUGGCAACAAGGACAUGGUGACUCAACGCUGUGAGCAGAUUCGCAGUGCAAUCAACGACAGCAGUGCAUCAGAGUACGAGAAGGAGAAGCUGCAGGAGCGUCUUGCUAAGCUCUCGGGUGGUGUCGCCGUCAUCAAGGUUGGCGGUGCUUCUGAAGUUGAGGUCGGCGAGAAGAAGGACAGAUUUGUGGAUGCCCUCAAUGCUACGCGCGCUGCCGUUUCUGAAGGUAUCAUUGCCGGCGGUGGUACUGCCUUGCUCAAGGCUUCCACGUCCCUUGCCUCUCUCAAACCUGCCAACUUUGACCAGCAAUUGGGCAUCAGCAUCAUCCGUUCUGCCAUCACUCGCCCGGCCCGACGCAUUGUGGACAACUCUGGCGCAGAAGGCUCCGUUGUUGUUGGCAAGCUCUUGGAUGAGUACAAGGACCAGAUCAACAUGGGUUACAACGCAGCGAAUGGCGAGUACGUCGACAUGAUUGCCGCAGGUAUUCUUGAUCCCCUCAAGGUAACCAAGACUGCUCUGGUCGAUGCUAGCGGUGUGGCCUCUCUCCUGGGCACAACUGAGUGCAUUGUGAGCGAGAUUCCUGAGCCAUCCCCUGCACCACCAGCUGGUGGCAUGGGCGGUGGCGGUGGUAUGGGAGGAAUGGGUGGCAUCGGUAUUUGA